GCGGGCGCGAUGGACAGCGGCGCACUGUCCCGACUUGUGCCCACCUCGCCUGCGGUCCCUGGUGCCUGCGGUGUCCGACGGAGACCCACGUCCCCAGAACUGCUGCGCUGCAGCCGGCGGCGGCGGCCAGGAUCGGCAGAGGCCGGGGGCGGCGCGGCGGCAGUGGCGCGGCGCAAUGAGCGUGAGCGCAACCGCGUGAAGCUUGUGAACUUGGGCUUCCAGGCGCUGCGGCAGCAUGUGCCACACGGCGGCGCCAGCAAGAAGCUAAGUAAAGUAGAGACGCUGCGCUCAGCUGUGGAGUACAUCCGCGCGCUGCAGAGCCUGCUGGCUGAGCAUGAUGCGGUGCGCGCCGCGCUGGCCGGGGGUCUGCUGGCCCCGGCUGCGCGGCCUCCUCCGCCCCGCGGGCCGCCUGAGACUCCCCCCAUCGCUGCCUCGCCCUCCUGCGCCUCUACGUCCCCUGGCCGCGAGGGCAGCUCGGAACCUGAGUCCCCUCGUUCAACCUACUCGUCCGAUGACAGCGGCUGCGAGGGCGAAUUGAGCCCCACGGAGCGCGAGCUCCUGGACUUCUCCAGCUGGUUAGGGGGCUAUUGA